CGUUACAAAAUGUAACGCAUGCAAAAUAGAAAAAUAAAAUACAGUGUAAACAAUCAAACUCUGUUUGAUUGCAAGUUAAAACGAUGCUCUCAAUCAAAAAGCAUAAUUUUGGUUUUUAAGCUUUUAUUUGAAACAUAAGCCUCCAAAAUGAGUUCAAAUAUUGGUAACUUUAUCAUUUAAAAACUUUUUUUUCUUUUAAAUAACCAAAACUUACAUAUCGGAACAAAGAAUCUGAUUUUGAACAUAACAAAUCAAUUUUGCUCCUUGUUGGUGUUUCACUGUCUCGUACCGCUCCACUUGGAGAAGAAACUGCCAAAAAAGGGUGGAAAAAGUGAAAGUUGAAACGCUCAGAGCGCUUCCAUGAAGAUUAAAAGAUGUCGUGGCGAACGGAACUAUUGUUGAGCUUAAUUUUAUUAUCGACUGUACAAUUGGAAGCCAAAAAUGUGUUAUUGCUUUUGGCCGACGAUGGAGGCUUCGAGAUGGGUGCUUACCGGAACCGUAUUGUGCAGACACCCUUCCUGGACGCGCUGGCAAAGGAAAGUUUGAUUUUCAACAAUGCUUAUGCUUCAGUGAGCAGUUGUUCACCGUCUCGUGCCGCAAUACUAACGGGCAUGCCGGAGCACCAAAAUGGACAGUACGGAUUACACAACGGUGUGCACAAUUUCAAUUCGUUACCGAAAGUUCGCAGCAUUUCAUCGAUUCUCGGUAAGGCCGGCAUAAGAACGGGUUUGAUCGGUAAGAAACAUGUUGGACCGAAUGAAGCGUACCGGUUCGAUUACGAGCGCACCGAAGAGGAGUAUCCGAUCAAUCAGGUUGGAAGGAACAUUACUCAGAUCAAACUGUUUGUAAGAGAAUUUUUACAGCAAAGCACGUCCAACAGCAAUGAAUCGUUCUUUUUGAUGGUGUCUUUCCACGAUCCGCAUCGAUGCGGUCGUAUAACUCCGCAGUAUGGAAGUUUCUGCGAGCGGUGGGGCUCGGGAGAAGAAGGAAUGGGCUUGAUCCCGGACUGGCACCCAAUUUAUUACGUGUGGGAUGAGAUCGAUCUUCCGUACUACGUGCCGGACACGCAACCGGCACGAUACGAUCUAGCAGCACAGUACACAACCAUUUCACGGCUCGAUCAAGGUGUCGGUCUUGUCCUCAAAGAGUUACGUGAUGCAGGACUGGAGGAUAGUACGCUGGUUGUGUAUACCUCGGACAAUGGACCACCAUUGCCAGCAGCCAGAACCAAUCUGUACGAUCCGGGAAUGGCGGAACCGAUGUUUUUACGAUCACCCAACAAGGCAGCUCGCCGAAACGAAGUGACAUAUUCGAUGACAAGCCAUCUCGAUCUUGUACCGACAAUACUCGAAUGGUUUAACCUUACCCAUCCGCAACCGAACCUGCUGACUGGCCGCAGUUUGUUGCCACUAUUAUUUCACGAGCCAUCGAACCAGCUGGAUGAUGCUGUGUUUGCAAGCCAGAGUUUCCACGAAAUCACGAUGACCUAUCCGAUGCGAGCUAUACGGACAAAACGCUACAAGCUGAUUCACAAUCUUAACUAUCAGUUGCCCUUCCCGAUCGAUCAGGAUUUCUACGUUUCGCCCACAUUCCAGGAUAUACUCAAUCGUACACUUACGAAGCAACCCGUUCCGUGGUACAAAACGCUCCAUACGUACUAUACUCGGCCAGAAUGGGAAUUAUACGAUCUGAAGAUGGAUCCAACCGAAUCGAGAAACCUUUUCGGGAAAAGCAGCAUGAAGGGCACGUUCGAAGAAUUGAGCGGCCGUUUGCAGAAGUGGCUCGAACUGACCGAUGAUCCUUUCCGUUGUGCUCCGGAUGGUGUACUGCAGGAUACCGGCGAAUAUUUAAAUAACCCCACCUGUCUUCCCUUGGGUCAUUAGCAGGAGUUGAAGAUUUGAUUAGUUUAUAAGUCGUGUUAAUACUAACGAAAUUUGCAUUUAUCCUCACAAUCAUGUUUAACAAAUUAUAAAAGAAAUUCAAUAAAGAAUUACUUGAUCAUUCAAA